GCCCUUCCGUUCGGAGGCGGUGAGGCGGCACCCCACGAGCGACUGGGGGAGCACCCGUGGGUGACGAGCCCCUCUCCGCCCGGUGUGGGCGCUUUACUCCGCAAGGAAAGCCCAACCCUGAGGGAAGCCGCCCGCGCCGGGAGCCGGCGGAGGGGGCCCAGGCCGGGCCGCCUUCCCCGGGCGCUGUGGUAGCCGGGACACCCGCGCCCGCUGCGCCCUCCCGGGAUCUCGGAGCGGCGGCGGGUCAUCAACCUUGACCGGGCCCGGGAGCGGGAGCGGGCGCUGCCACGGCGGGGCUGGUUCCGGCUGUCAGAAACCAACCGCACUUGCUUGGGAGGUUAUUACUGAGCGUGAGGCUGGGUUAUUGUGGUGCUGAAGUCUCGGGGUGUAAUAGCGCUCUUGUGGGGUGGGCAGCAGGUGGUCGCUUGGGGUUUUUUUUCCCCUUCUGUAAGGAAAACAACAACAGAACUGUGAAUGUUACACACGGAGCGUGGCUGCUCCUGCUGCCGUCUUUGCUGAAGUGUUCUGGUCCUUGAAGUGUACCACUUGAUUUAACCAAAAGGUUGAAAGGAUGUUGUGGAAACACAAGAGCAUUAUAAGAGCAGGUGGCGAUCCAUCUGGAUUAUGUAUCUUACUAUGUUUCUCAGUAGUGUAGGUUUCUCAAUUGUAAUUAUGUCUGUGUGGCCAUAUCUCCAAAAGAUUGAUCCGACAGCAGACGCGAGUUUCUUGGGCUGGAUUAUAGCUUCAUAUAGCAUUGGCCAAAUGGUUGCCUCUCCCCUCUUCGGUUUGUGGUCCAAUUACAGGCCAAGGAGAGAACCUCUCGUCAUUUCAACUGCUAUUUCAGUAGCUGCUAAUUGUCUUUAUGCCUACGUCCAUGUUCCUCAUUCACACAACGGAUACUACAUGUUGGCUGCACGUGCUCUGGUGGGAUUUGGAGCAGGAAAUGUGGCUGUAGUUCGAUCAUAUAUUGCAGGUGCCACUUCUCUUACGGAAAGAACAAGUACCAUGGCCAAUACCAGUGCCUGUCAGGCAGUUGGCUUCAUAUUAGGACCAGUUUUUCAGACGUGUUUCACCCUUAUUGGAGAAGAAGGAAUAACAUGGAAAUUAGUUCAGCUUCAGCUGAACAUGUAUACGGCACCAGUUUUAUUUGCAGCUCUCUUAGGAGUUAUUAAUAUUAUUCUCUUCUUUUCCAUAUUCAGAGAGCAUCGAGUGGAUGACAUGGGACGGCAGUGCAAGAGUGUCGGUUUUGAAGGAGAAGAAAGUGGUGUUCCAGAUGAGGAUGCAGAAGGAAACAUUGACCAUGUUGCUGUGGUAGCAAUCAAUUUUCUUUUCUUUGUCAUCUUGUUUGUGUUUGCUGUCUUUGAAACUAUAGCUACUCCAUUGACGAUGGAUAUGUAUUCCUGGACCAGGAAAGAAGCUGUUUUCUACAAUGGAAUAAUCCUUAGCGUGGUUGGCAUUGAAUCUGUUAUUGUUUUCAUGGUGGUUAAAAUGCUAUCUAAAAAGACUGGUGAGCGUGCCAUACUCCAUGGAGGCUUACUGAUUGUCUUGGUUGGAUUCUUUAUCUUGCUGCCCUGGGGGAAAAAGCUACCAAAUAUCCAGUGGCAAGAAAUAAAGAAUAACUCCAUUCCCAGAACAACUGCCACUGAAAUGGUAAUGCCUUUUUGGAGUUUGCAAGCAACGGCGCUUCCAUCCAACCACUCAGUAGAACCUGUGGGCUGCCCUGUCACACAGUCCUGGUGCCUGAAUACUCCCAUGAUCUACCUGGCCCAGUAUAUCAGCUCUGACAUACUCAUAGGAUUGGGCUAUCCCGUUUGUAAUGUCAUGUCCUACGCUUUAUACUCAAAAAUUCUAGGACCAAAGCCUCAGGGUGUCUAUAUGGGAUGGUUAACUGCCUCUGGAAGUGGAGCACGAAUACUUGGGCCUGUUUUUGUAAGCCAAAUAUACACUCACCUGGGACCACGCUGGGCAUUUAGCUUAAUCUGUGGGGUAGUUGUAGCCUCCCUCUUACUCUUGGAGAUAGUCUACAAGAGACUAAUUGCAUUUUCUGUCAGAUAUGGAAGGAUGCAAGAAGAGAAUUGUUAAAUAUGGAAUAUGGACUUCUUUUUCUAAGUCAAACCAACCAGAAAUAAUACUUAGUUUAUUACUACUUUUUAAUGAGGACUACCUGACCUUGUUGGAUGUAUGCUAAGAACUGUACACAUGUACUUACACAUUGACAGAGCAUGUAACUUGGUCAUACCCUAAUACAUGGUUACUCCUGCUGCAACGGAGCAUUUGUAUUCUGCUUUUCUAGCAGCAGAGGAAGAGAUGUGAACAAAUGAGAUCGGUACGAUGGCACAUAUGAAGCGUGUGCAGUUUAAAUGAUGCACCUGUGUAUGGAAUGCAGCUGUGAAGGUCACAGGUUACGUGCAUCCUUUCCAGAAAGAAGUGAAAGAAGUAUUAUCUUGAUUCUGUGAAUCAGGAUUAGUAACUCUUCUGUAACUACAAGAUUAGUUGGGCUGCAUGCACUUUGUAUGGAAACAUCACUACUUCAGUGAACCUCCUGAUGUUCAGUUUACUAGCUUGUAAGCACUGGUUAAUACAAAAUACAAUGUACCUUGGAAACUGGUACGUGUCAGCACAUCUUCUCCAGGAUUUCAAAUGAAGUGUGACAGAAUUGUAGAGGAAGGUAGGUGCCUACUUCACAAGCUGUUUAUGUGGGAUUUGGGUAUUGAAGUUGGUGAAGAGCCAUUGAAAAUCACAGCCUUAGUGGUUGUUACUUGAACUACAGUGAACCUUGUGUGCAAUUUUUCUUCUGCUGUUUUGCUGAAUGCCUUUUUGUAGCAAGAAAUAUAACCUGCACAGAGUUGAAAUAAUGCACAGCCUUUCCUAGCUACAAGAAGGAAAUACUAAGCAUGACAGUUUACACUUUCAUUGCCAUUUGUGAGAAUGAAUGCACUGUGCCGAGCAACCAGUUCAUAUUAAUUAAAGAGAAGGACACUGGCUCUGCAGGUGCUGACUGUUACCUGUAGACUUUUUUCUUGGUAAUACAGUAUAAGAAACAGGAAUUUACAAUGUUUGAAUCAUUCAGUGUUUAUUCUAAAAAGUGAGAUUAUUUUCUUUCAUAAUGGGGCCUAAGCUUAUCUGUAUGGGUUUGGUUUAUCCGUUUCAAUACUACUGGGUAAAAAUAAAUCUGUAAUAACUUGGGUAUGAGAGUCAUAGCUGCUGUUUACUGUGUCUAAUACUUGAUGCUUACUGAACGUAAUAAAUGUAAUUAAGUAUUCCUAUGUCAUCAGUUGUUCAAACACUAAAAUUAAAAAGAUGAUUUUUUUUCAAUACUGACAGAAGGGAAUACAGAAGUUUUGUUCUCUCUGGGGCUUUCCUGCUGCAGAAUCACAAAAUGGCUUUGCUUUUAUAAGCAUUUCUCUUAUAUGCCAAUUCAUAAUAAAUGGUACAAGAAAUACUGUGUUUGGGUGGUGGGGACAGGCUGCCAAAUGAAGUGCUCAGUUUCGGCAACCAAAAGCUCCUUCAGCCAUAAGAAAUUGGUGAGAAAUGCAGGAGUUCUCAAAAUGGGUAACACAGGGUUUCAUGUUCUACAGCUCAGCUUGUGCUGAGUGUUAGGACAAACUAUAUGGCGUAGGGGGUUUAUUACUGUUAUUCUUCAGGCUAGCUAACUUCCAAGUUAAAGAUGUUUGGGUACUUGGGGGAAGUGUUUUAUCUGUAACUUAGUUAAAAGGUAAAGGAUAAAACUAGAUUAAAGUCUCUUCUCUGCAGUGAAUAGCUGUAGAAUACACAAUAUCCCUCCCCCCCCCAAA